AUGGCGUCGCCUCCGCCCGUGGAAGACCAGUCGCGCCUGCUGGAGGAUGCCCUGGGCGUGGUGCGCCAGCAGACGAUGCUCAUGCGGCGAUGCCUGGAGACGCCGGGGAAGCUGAUGGACGCGCUCAAGUGCUGCUCGACCCUCGUCUCGGAACUACGCACCAGCAGCCUCGGCCCCAAGCAAUACUAUGAGCUGUACAUGGCCGUCUUCGAUGCGCUGCGCUAUCUCUCCGUCUACCUCCGCGACAACCACCCCGUCAACCACCUCGCCGACCUGUACGAGCUGGUCCAGUAUGCCGGCAACAUCAUCCCGCGUCUGUACCUCAUGAUCACCGUCGGCACCGUGUACAUGGCCAUUGAAGACGCGCCCGUCAAGGAGAUCAUGAAGGACAUGAUGGAGAUGAGCCGCGGUGUGCAACACCCCAUUCGCGGCCUGUUCCUGCGUUACUACCUCUCCGGCCAGUCCCGCGACUGCCUUCCCACCGGCGAUGGCGAUGGCCCCGAGGGCAACCUACAGGAUUCUAUCAGCUUCAUUCUUACCAACUUCGUCGAGAUGAACAAGCUUUGGGUGCGGCUGCAACACCAGGGUCAUUCGCGGGAACGGGAGCAGCGGACCAAGGAAAGACAGGAGCUGCAGUUGUUGGUCGGGAGCAAUCUGGUCCGCCUGAGCCAGCUGGUCGACUUGGAGAACUACAAGAAGAUCCUGGGUCCACUCCUUGAGCAGGUCGUGCAGUGUCGGGAUGUUCUCGCGCAAGAGUACCUGCUUGACGUUAUUAUCCAGGUCUUCCCCGACGAAUUCCACCUCCACACCCUCGACCAAUUCCUCUCCGCCACCGCCAGACUCAAUCCCCACGUCAACGUCAAGGCCAUCGUUAUCAGCUUGAUGGACAGGCUAUCUGCGUAUGCUGGCCGAGAAGCCGAUGCCGAGACACCCGAACAGCGGAAACAGAUCGAGGAGGAAGCUUGUACCAAGCUUCUUGAGCAGCUGCGGAUAUCGAAGGAGGCAAAGGAUACGGAAUCGUCGACGCAGCCAAAUGGCGAGAACAGCGAAAACGGCGAGUCGGAGCAUGAGGGUGAAGACGCAUCCAUUGCUCCUUCAGAAUCCACCACAGUCGCUCCGUCUGAGGCGACAGCCGAGACCGAAGCCACGGCUGUUGACGGCGAAGUCAAGAAGCACCGUGGCAUCCCGGAGAACGUCAAGCUCUUCGAGAUCUUCUACGAGCAAGUCGCUGCGCUGGUCAAGAUGGCACGUCUGCCCAUCCAAGAUACCAUUGCUCUUCUCGUUUCUCUCGCAAACCUUGCAUUAAGCAUCUAUCCGGAACGCCUGGACUAUGUCGAUCGCGUUCUUGAUUUUGCUAACGAGAGAGUCGCGCAAUAUGCUAACAGCGCCGACCUUCACUCGCAAGCUUCUCAAUCCAACAUCCUCAACCUUCUUCUGGCGCCUCUCAAGGCAUAUCUUUCUCUAUUUACCGCACUCGCGCUCCCCAACUUUGUACCGCUUCUGCACUCUCAACCCUAUCCCACCAGACGAGCAGUCGCUGGCGAGGUUGCGCGAAGCUUGCUCAGGAAUUCAACUAAAAUCACAUCCGUGGAGAACCUGGAGUCUGUGCUGGAGAUCCUCAAGGUCCUCAUCAAGGAGGGCGCACAACAACCCACCGGCUACCCUGGUGGUCCUCUGCAGCGGAAGGGCAUGGAGACGGACGAAACGAUUGAAGAACAGGGAUGGCUGGCACGGAUAGUGCACCUCAUUCAAGGAACCGACAAUGAUACCCAAUUCAAGCUCCUCCAAGCAGCUCGCAAGGCAUUCAGCGAUGGCAACGAGCGCGUCAAAUACACCACACCUGCACUCAUUACUUCAUCUCUCAAGCUCGCGAGGAAAUUCAAGACACGCGAGCAUUUCGACGACAACUGGAACUCUCAAUCAUCGGCACUCUACAAGUUUGCCCACUCUCUCCUUAGCACUCUCUACGCCCGUGUCGCGGGUGCAGCUGAUCUGUCACUACGGCUGUUCGUAGCCUGCGGUCAGGUCGCCGACCAGACUGGCCACGAAGAGAUCGCGUACGAGUUCUACGCACAGGCUUUCACCAUAUACGAAGAGGCCAUCAGCGACAGCCGCGCGCAGUUUCAGGCCGUUUGCAUCAUCGCCGGCGGCCUGCACAUGUCUAGAAAUUUCAGCAGGGACAACUACGACACCCUCAUCACGAAGUGCGCCCUGCAUGGUAGCAAGCUGCUCAAGAAGCCGGACCAGUGCCGUGCCGUGUACUUGGCGAGUCACUUGUGGUGGGCGACUGAGAUCCGGGCUCGCAACGAGGAAGAUGCCAAGGAUCUCUACCGCGAUGGCAAGCGUGUGCUCGAGUGCUUGCAGCGCGCGUUGCGGGUGGCCGAUGCGUGCAUGGACGCGGCGGUCAGCGUCGAACUCUUCGUUGAGAUUCUCAACCGCUAUGUCUACUACUUCGACCAGGAAAAUGAAGCGGUGACCACCAAGUAUCUCAACGGCCUCAUCGAGCUCAUCCAUUCGAACCUCAACACCAACGAGAACACGGCCAGCCUGGAGAACCCCCGCAAGCAUUUCCAGCGCACUAUCGAUUACAUCUCGUCGAGAGAGUACGAGGGCGUCGUGACGCAACCGAAGUGA